AUGGAAAAAUUGAUGAAUGUGGAGCCUGAGAUGAUGAAAAAUUUACUGGCAGACACAAUUUACACGAUGUGUCGAAACGGCCUCCUGUUUCAACAUCAAUUAAAAAUUCAAGGCUUGUUGGCCGUCACUGUAGACAGUGAAAUAUUCGUGGUUCAAAUGAAUGAGCACUUCCAUCAAACAAAAGACACUAGCGAAAGUACCAGAUUAGGCAAUUACUACUACAAUAAUAAUAAUUUAUAUAAAAAUAAUAACGUAUGUGAACGUGGUAAAGAUGGUAGGAGGAAUUUCGGCGAAAAAGAUGAAAGAUUAAAAAGUUUGAACAAUUUUAGUGGCAUGGUUUCAGCAGCAUCACCUUUCAAUUCAAGCAUAAACACAAACAGUAUUAACUGCGAUUUUAAUAAUCAAAUCUUUGACAGCCUUAACAACAGUAAUAAUAAUAUCAAUAAUAAUAAUAAUAUCAAUAAUAAUAAUAAUAUCAAUAAUAAUAAUAUCAAUAAUAAUAAUAUCAAUACUAAAACUAUUUCAAUCAAUAAUUAUAAUACCAUGAACAAUAUCCUCAGAUGCACUGAAAAAUUUACCAAAGAUAAUGAUAAUAAAUCACUAAAUGAUUCUAUGCUGAUCUCAGUAAAAAGUGAAUCUGAUUUUGACAGUCGAGAUUGCCAGUCUGAAUUAGGGAUUAAUGAAGGAAUGAACAAUAAUGAUGAUGUGCGACUGGAAUUAAUCGGCCAAGAUCAAUAUAACCAUAAAAAGGUAAAAAGUUCAGAAGUUUAUAGCACUGAUUGUUCAUUUAAAACAUCUACAUCAGCAACCUGCAGCCAACAUCGUCAGCAUCUGCACAAUCUUCGAAAACGAACAUCGUCAUCAAAUUACAUUAACGUCAACGCGAAUGACGACAUUGACAUUACUGACGACAGCAAAGACAAUAAAGCCAACAACAACAACUGCAAUAACAUUAAUAAUCUUGAAGCUAAGAACUAUCAUAAUGACAACUACGAUGGCCAAGAUGGUGACGAUAGCAACGUACCUGACAUCACCAACAUCUGUGACAGCAGCAACAACAUCAACAGCAGUAACAUCUAUAGCUACAGCAACAAAAUUGAAGAUUUGGAAAAUGAUUAUACUGCUAGCAGGAGCAAUGGAAAUGUCAACAACUGCAACAACAAUAAUGACAACAACUACAACAACAAUAAUGUCAACAGUUACAACUACAACAACAAUAAUGACAACAACUGCAACAACAAUAAUGACAACAACUACAACUACAACAACAACAACAGUUAUAGCAUGAAUACUAGCGACAACAAUGUCGAAGACAGCAUCAACGACAGCUGUGAGUUGGACGAGAGAGAAGCUAAUGAGACUAACAGUUUAGAAACAUUCUGUCGGUCUAUAUACAGUAACAUCUACAACAACAACAGCAACAGUAACAUCUGCAAAAACAACAAUGAUAACAUUGGCAAUCACCACGACGACAUCACAAAAUCAUCUCCACCAUCGCCAUCCUCAUCAUCAUUGUCAUCAUCGUCGCAUAACAAAAAAAACGCCACAAGUAACAACAACAACCUAAAUAAUUCCCAAUACAUCAACGACAACAACACAACAACAACUACACUGAUGACAAAAUUAUUGUCUUCGCCAUCCACCUCCAGUUCAACAUCAAAGACAAAAGGUCACAAGAAAGAUAUUUUUGAUUACGAUGAAGAUGGUCACAGACUGAAAUCAUUCGUAUGCCAGUACCAGGGAUGUACCAAGGCAUUCUUCCGGAAGGACCAUCUGACUCGACAUCAGAGAAUCAAACACGGCAAGCCAUACGGCGCUGAGGUGCAAAACAUUUACAAGUGCUGUGGCAAAACAUUCUACAAGCAUCGCUCGCUUCUGAAGCACCGAGCCGAGUACCACCAAAACGAUCGCGACGACAAUAGCUACAUGGUCGUCAAGAAUAAAAUUUUGAGGAAUAACAACAACAGUGUCUGA